AUGGGAAAUACAGAGAGUAAUGUAACGAGUGGUGUAAAAAAGCAAGCUGGGACGUCAGAACAGAAGUUGUAUAAACUGAUUGAUCUGAAAGGUGGUGGGCUUCUUGUGGAUAUGAUGAAACGUGCAGUUCAAAACAAACAGUACGCUGAGAUCGAUCACGCGAUUAAAACAAAAGUAGAGCCAUUUUUGUAUAAUAAGGGGAAAGGCCGGUAUAUACCAAUAUCACAUCUUGUACUACUUAGGAACAAGGAAAGACCGAGACAUAAGCUGUUACCUCCCCUAAGGGGUAUGGAGAAUCCUGAUGACGAAUUCGAUAUAGAGAAAGAUUGGCCUGUAGUGACACAAGAGGAGUAUGAUGCAAAUCCUUCUGGCUAUAGAGAACUAUGCUGGGAUUUAAAGGAGCGCGGUGCAGUGGGCGAGACAAUUCUGCACCUUUGUUUACUGAACGCUACGUCGCUGUUAGCUGAUUUAGCUAAAAGACUGCUCCGGUUCUAUCCAAAGAUGAUUAACGACAUAUAUAUGAGCGAUGAAUAUUAUGGUGAAAGUGUUCUUCACAUGACAAUAGUGAAUGAGGACCCAACAAUGGUGAAGUUCCUUCUAGACGCAGGAGCAGAUUACCAUGAACGUUGUUUUGGCAACUUCAUGUGCCCCGAGGAUCAAAAGGCAUCGAGAUCGGAUUCUUUUGAUCACGAAUGGGUUAAUGUUCAGCCAGAUACUAAUUAUGAAGGUUACGUAUACUGGGGGGAGUACCCAUUAAGUUUUGCGGCAUGUCUCGCUCAGGAAGAGAGCUACAGACUUAUAUUGGCCCGAGGGGCAGAUCCUGACAAACAGGAUACAAAUGGAAAUACUGUCUUGCAUAUGUUGGUAAUUUAUGACAAAGUGAAUACUUUUGACAUGGCAUAUGAAGUAGGCGCUUCGCUCAACAUCAGGAACGUUCGUAACUUAACACCUUUAACACUAGCAGCAAAGUUGGCCAGGACAGAACUAUUCUUUCACAUCCUGAAUAUAGAAAGAGAAAUCUAUUGGCAAAUUGGUGCUACGACUUGUGCUGCCUACCCUUUGGGACAAGUAGAUACUAUUGAUACAGAAACGGGUCUCAUUAGCAAGGAUUCAGCAUUGAAUUUAGUCGUCUUUGGGGAAAAAGACGAGCACCUGGAACUUCUUGAGGGAAUGUUAAUAGAUCUUCUAAAGACCAAAUGGAACACAUUCGUUAAGUUUCGUUUCUACCGCCAGUUCAUACUGUUCGCUUGUUAUUUCCUAGUUUCUCUCGUUUGUUUUACUCUGAGACCUGGACCACCUGAUAGAGUUACUAACACCACCAUCAUUAACACUACAGUAGCGACUGUUCCUAAUGAAAUAGAAUUUACAAUGGAUGCUGAUAAUUGUUCUAUAGCCCAUAGUGCAAUAGACCGCAAUGUAGAGGUUUUUAAUGGAACAAAAUCGAAUAGCAACCGCUGUGGCCAUUUUAAAAGUCAACCGAAAGAAAAAGAAAAGCCCACAGAGACACCGAGAGAGACAGACAUGGAGGGAUGGUGGGAGGAUCUUACUGAAGACUGUAGGUUGAUGAACUUUGAUACUUGGCAAGCGAAGGUUAGAAUUAGUACAGAACUGUUAUUGUGGUUCGGAGCAUUAAUUUACAUUGGGGCAGCUUUACGUGAAGCUAGAUUUCUUGGCUUGAAGAUGUUUUUUGAAAACCUUAGUACAGUACCAUCGAGGGUGAUGUUCUUAUUCUCCUGUAUCUUGAUGGUGGUGUUGCCAACAUUGCGGCUGUGGUGUGCGGACGAAGCAGAGGAUCACCUCGCGGUUAUCAUCAUGCUCACUACGGCUCCGUACUUUUUGUUCUUUUGUCGAGGGUUCAAAACAGUCGGACCCUUCGUGGUGAUGAUAUACAGAAUGGUGAUGGGAGACUUGCUGCGUUUCGUUUGCAUUUAUCUAGUGUUUGUUAUGGGAUUCUCCCAAGCAUACUAUAUUAUAUUUCUGUCAUUCGACAACCCUAACACACCCGAAGGGGUGGACGACUCGGUAUCUAACCCCAUGCCUUCACCAAUGGAGAGCAUCAUGGCUAUGUUCCUUAUGUCACUUACAUCUUUCUCCGAUUACUUCAGCGCAUUCGAUAGAACUGCACAUGAGGUUGAGGCUAAGGUGAGUAUUUUAAUCACCCUUCUAUUCGUUAUCUACAUGAUACUGGUAGCAGUUCUACUAGUCAACAUGUUGAUCGCUAUGAUGGGUAACACGUACCAGAAAAUCGCGGAGACCCGCAACGAAUGGCAGCGGCAAUGGGCUCGAAUAGUUCUUGUGGUGGAGAGGGGAGUUCCACCCGCGCAGAGGUUGAAACAGCUCAUGACGUAUAGUCAGCCAAUGGCCAAUGGGAAACGAGCAUUAGUGUUAAGGAUCAAUCAGAAGGACGAAGACAAGGAAGAAAUGAAGGAAAUCUUAGAAAUGAAGCGGACUCAUCAACGAAUAGUCGCUAAGAGAAAGCAACGUGAGCACGAUUUGAAAAACGCAAAAGGCCCCAUUGUGCCGCCUGUUCGAAAUUAUCCUCUUAGAAAAUAA